AUGGAGCCUGUGAGAUUCAUCGAUAAGAGUCCCAUUGUUCUCUGUGCGCAGGAAUUACUGCUACCCAAAAUCCUCGUAUAUCGCGCAGCCUUACAAAACACGAUGAUCGACGCUCUUCGAGAGAUUGCCAGCCUUUCAACCCUGACCGCAACUGCAUUGUCAAACAGUUUGAUCAGUUCAUUGCCGUCACAAUCAUUCCCAUCGCCCGUUCGUAUUGGCUAUAGUGCCAUUGAGUACACCAACGAGCAUUUCAAUCCAACAUCAAACAUCAAUGCACGCCUUUGUCACAACGAGCAAGAGAGGGGAAAUGCCAAUGCCUCAAUAUACCCAAACAAGGAUCAAAGGUAUACAGUCCCUUUCCCCUCUUUGUCGUUCCAGCGCGCUGAUGUUAACUGUACAGCUAAGGACGAGGUUAAGGACACUGUAUCUGCACAAGACUCUCCAAUCUUGUCAGAUGAACAGUCAGAGGAAUUGUUCAGCUUCAGGGAAAUGGAGCGCUACGUCAAUUACAACGAGCCCGAGACGGAGUCAGAGGAAGAUAUGUGGUACCCGGACAUGGAGGAGCUCACCAACCAUAGCAUGGACCCCAGCUACGAAAAUAAUGAAAAAAGGACAAGGUUAAGGAGACCGUAUCUGUGCACGACUUUCCAGUCUUGUCGGAUGAGCAGUCGGAGGAAGGGUUCAAUGAAAUGGGGCCCUACGUCAAUUAUAACGAUGACUCCGAUUACCUCAACAUUGGUAACACCACCAGCCAUGCACCAUCUAGCUGGAGGAUUCCGUCAACUUCUGCAGGCUCCAUCGCCACAUUGCCGAUCCCUCAGCCUGUAUCAUCUAGUCGAUAUACGCUACAGCAAACGCUCACUUCUUCUCAUCUACGUCACAUGCUCUAACCACCUCUUCAACGCCAACUUCCUCAUCGUCAUCCACGUCGGAUCCCUAUCAUCUCAAAGGCAAGGCCAGGUCGUCGAAGGCCCCCGCACGCAAGCGAGGCGCCUCCGCGCACCCACACAAGGCGCCGAAGUCACGUCCGACUCAGAGUCGCGUUGGAGAAACCCCUCCGCGAAGGAGUGCGCGGCGCAAUCGUACUAG